AUGGGACAGUUUUUUCCUACCCCCAGCGUUGAGGUGCAGUAUGAUGACAAGGGUUGGGAGAUGGUAGGAGGAUGGAUUGCGCUGCAGGAAGCAGUAGAGAGAAGGGUUAUUACACUGUCUGCUCCUUCGCCCAACUUCCAACAUGAACUCGGCACGUUGACCCCUCGGAGCUCAGUUAUGCUGAAUCGGACUGCGAACACCGGAAGUUCGUAG